GCCAAUCGCGGUGGGAGUGUGCUUCCAUCUGUCAGCUCGACUCCUCUUUGAUAGCGACAGAUUUCUCUCUAUUCAACUUCUCAGAAAACGGCAGCCGAAGCCUAUUCUUUUCCCCCCCGUUCUCCUGUCGCUGUGGCUCGGUCGCCAUCUUCAGCGAUAUCGCUCUACAUCGCGCCCCUGCCCCUGUUUAGUAGGCUCGGUGGAUCGCUAGCUGGUUGCAUGCGCCGUUUUGCAUUGGGAAAUCAGCGCACGUCCGUCAGAGAUCUGCCCGGUUACACAGGUGAAACACCAUUUUCCGGAUUUGGUGGAAAGGAUUGUAAGGUAGCUUCGCUAUCUGGACAUCAUCAGCAGGACGGACUGACAGCGGACCCACAGCGCCUGGAAAAGCCUGCAGUGACUGUCCUGGGACGUCUGUCCGUCCGUCUGUCCAUCUGUCCCCUCCCUGCCCCCCGGCCCUCCUGUGUGGAGAGAGACCCCCCUGCCCCCCGGCCCUGGGCUCUGGAGCCCCUCCCUGUGGGACCAGCAGCUGGGACGCCGUCGGGCGGCUGUGUGCCAUGAGCGAGUUCUGGCUCUGCUUCAACUGCUGCAUCGCCGAGCAGGCCCAGCCGAAGCGACGCAGGCGGAUUGACCGCAGCAUGAUUGGAGAGCCCACCAACUUCGUCCACACGGCUCACGUGGGCUCAGGCGACCUCUUCAGCGGAAUGAACUCUGUGAACUCGAUUCAGAACCAGAUGCAGUCGAAGGGGGGGUAUGGAGGGGACCCCAUGCCUGUGAACAUGCAGUUGCAGCUGGUCGACACAAAGGCUGGAUAACCCCCUCAGAGAAUUAGCGAUCCCUUCAAAUGUGUGUCUCCUCAUCGCCCCCCCUGACUGCCUUCCAUCACCGUGAACCGAGGGUGAUUCAGCCCCCACACCAAACACACACACACACACACACACACACACACUCAUUUACAUUUUACAUUUUAGUCAUUUGGCAGACGCUUUUAAUCCAAAGCGACUUACAAGUGCACAUAAACAAACACACACAUACAGUACACACAUACACACACACACACACACACACACACACACACACACACACACACACACACACACACUCCUGGUGACCACUCUUCAUGCAAACUUCCGGAAGAAGGCCUCCCUCUCCGGAGAUGCAGCGCCCCGCUUUCGGAGUUCCGACGUUCCGCCCUCACCUCCUCCCUGACUCACGGAAGUCCUGCCCGCUCCUGGCCCUGCAGUGCCAGUGUAAACGCUCUUCUGCCCUGAGCAGGUGUCUCUGUUUUUUUAAAUCAUUCAUGCUGAAGGUCUGGAACCUACAAGUACAAACAUUUUUUUUUUUUCAUUUGCGAAAGACGUGUUUGUUUGCGGUCAGUUUUGAGGUUGGCCGCUCGUUUGGGUAAAGUGGCUUGCUCCAGCCUAGUGGUGCCAAAUAGCAACACAGAUUUUCUCCAUAUUUCUUUUUUGAUUGACAGUAGGUACACUUAGAUUUGUAAGUAAAUAGUACUCAGUAGGAAAAUGUGAUUGAUACUUUGCUGCUUACGUUGUUCCAGUUCUCAUAAUAUUUGUUUUCCUCAUGAUAAUUACUCAGAAAAUAACUGAUGUUGAAAUGGCAUGACUGGCAUUUCACUCCUUGCUCUGCUGUCCGUUGAUUUCUGUCGACUGAUUUCAUGAAGGCCGGGUUGUAGUGCGUUCCCUGUGCAGUGACCUGUAACAGAAAUGUGGUCGUGUGGUAGUCACUCGGUACUUGGUGUGGCGGGGAAGAAAAACAAUCUAUCGAUUUAUCUGAUUUUGAUUGAUAUCUACAAUAAGAUGCAAAUCCAAAACCUGCAGUCCUCUUUCGAGGAGCCCUGGCCUUGGGGCCGGAUUUUUAAACAUUGCACAUUUUAAGAUUAGCCUCUCAAAGCAAAGUCAUCUUUUGUGUGUGAAAUAUCCUUGUGGCAGCCUGCUUGGGUUGCCGUGGUGACACCACCAUGACAGACAGGGUGAUUUCCUACGGUUCUGUUUUGCUAAAAGAACACUUUGCUCAGGUUAAAGGCAUAUUUUCACUGAUAUAAAAUACAAUGUGUACAUGAUGUAAUAUUGCACUGUUUUCUAAUAUUAAAAGUAAAUGUGUACCGAGAAAACAAAAGCUAUAUCAAAUGAAAACGUCUACUAUUAGAUGGUUUAGGUAGAUUAUUUUAAAAGAAAAUACCUUUUAACAAGCUGUAAAGAAAUUGUAAAUGUAUUUUGCUGUUCAUGGUACUAUGUACACAGUCUAUUUGAAGAACAAUUUCAGCUGUAAAAACAAUGCUUGAAACGAAUCGUAGGUUAGCCUACGCAAAAACAAGAUGGCCGCCUCCAAAGGUUUCCUUUUCGUAGUUUGGUCUCCCACAAUCCUUUGCUUCUGCUCUGUUGCCACAUCUUGACAUUUCCUGGCUGGUUCUGUGGAGGCCUUGGCUACCUGACCCGCCAACUCUUCCCAAUAUGAGAUCGAAGAGAGUCCAAAACCUCUGCUGAACCUGGCCUAGCCACCACUCGGUCUGUGUGAGCCCUCCAUAGCCUGUCCCUCUGCGUUCAGUGCUCUGUGUAAAUACUGUGUUGUGUGCCACAGUUUGAGCUGUUUUUUUUUAUUAAUUUUCUUUGUUGAUGUUCAAGUUUUUUAAUGACUGUUUUGCAUCAAUUGGAUUUUCCGACAGAGAGAAAAUGGGCGUUAUAAGAAUUAUAAUGUUCCGCGAAGCGAGAGGAAAAAAAGCACAAGUUAGUUGACGAUGGAUAAUGAGACCAGGUGGCUUCGGCCAGCGAUGUUAAUCUGUAAUGAUCACUCAGCCAUAUCCCGCCACUAAUGGAUUUCAACAUCAGGGAAUUCACCCUCCUUGGUACAUAUAUAUAUUUUGGGUAUUGUUGUUUUGCAUAUCUACUUUUUUUUUUUACACUAUCAUCCUUUCAUUCACAUCCAGUGUUGGCUUGUAGAGUCCCAAAACUCUUCUGUUAAAAUAAAUAUUUUUUCCAUGUUAA